AAGAUCUGCUGCCUUGAGCAUUAGAAGCGCUGAACGACAAGAGCGAGUGACAAGACCUCUCCACUCCACGCCAGAUACAACGUCAAGAGACUACAGAAACCAAAGCAACAGCGGAAAUAAGACGAGGAAAGAAGGAAACGUCUGCUGCUGUUGAACCAGGGACUGCCACUGGAUCACUUUAUACCGGCACAUGUAGCGUCUUGCUCUUGAUGAUAAGCAUAUGCGCAGAAGCCGUUCUCUGGCCCCUAUAGAGAGGUUGCGCUUGGAAGUGUAACUUACGAAACUUUUUGAUAUUUUGUUUUGCCUGUGACGUUUUGGAAUUAGAUUUAUUAAACGUCGACUUUCCGUUAUACUGUGGAUUUUAAAGGAGAAAAAGAAGGCUUAUAUAUAGUGUGGAUUUUAUCCGGUUUCUUUUCUUUAGUACUAUUAUUUUAUUUUACUGUUAUCGCUAUUAUUUAUAUAGUAGCUAGCCUCUUAUAUUUUCUGGAGGAGCGCUACCGCUCAAGACGCCCGUUUUCGUGGAUUCGACGCAGGUGCUUCGGUCCUGAAGCGCAGAAUGGAAUUGUUACUUUGACCCACGAUAUCACGGUUCAUUCAUAUUCAGCAGCUUCGCUUUUGACUGUUUUGAGAGCCAAAGACUGUUCAGUGAACACACCACUGGAAUUACAACCAUGAACUUUGUCGUUUAUUCGAUACAAUUAUUCUUUGUGGCUCUCCUUCAUCUGUCUGCUGUUAAGGCUGCCCACAUACCCAAAGAAGGGAUGAAGGGCAAAAAUGAGGUGAUUCCCUUCAUGGAUGUGUACAAAAAGAGUGCGUGUAAGACGCGAGAGAUGCUGGUAGACAUCAUUCAGGAGUAUCCUGACGAGAUCGAGCACACCUACAUCCCGUCCUGUGUGGUUCUCAUGCGCUGUGCAGGCUGCUGCAACGACGAAGCACUCGAGUGUGUCCCUACAGAGACGCGCAACGUCACCAUGGAGGUACUGCGAGUCAAACAACGUGUAUCGCAGCAUAAUUUUCAACUGAGCUUCACAGAACACACCAAGUGUGAAUGCAGGCCAAAGGUAGAAGUCAAAUCAAAGAAAGAAAAAAAACCCAGAGUGGGGAGGGUUAAAAGCCGAAAGAGAGCAAGAGAGGGAGAUUCGGGCGAUCUCAGCGCCUCGGCUCACCUGCGCUCAAGCAGUAUUUUGCUCUCAAUCAUUGGCUUUAUUUCAGGGCGGCUUGUUUGCUCUUUGUAAUCUCACUUGUCCUGUCGGCUUAAAGCCCCAGUCUGCAUUUACUUGUACUCUAAUUCACACGGCCCGCAAAGAGGAAAGCAACCAAAGGUAAAUAAACAGUGGUUGCAUGGCUGUCUCUGUCAUUAUCGUACUAAUGUCCUGCCACAGCUGGGAUGACGCCACGCUUGUGUGAUCCCUCACCUGUAUUUCGCCCCCUUCAUGUUUCUGAGAUCAGCAGUUGAAUCUCUCUCCUGUAGAUGGGCUUGUCUUUACUGCACUGGAAACAGUGACAUGACUGUGCCAUUUAUUUAAAAUGCAUUUUUAAUACUGGUCUAAUUGAAAAUUUGGUUUAAACCUCUUUUGUUCCGUUCAAGGCAAAAAUAAACAAAAACUAAAUAAACAAUAAAAAUGGUAUUUUGUGUGUGUUGAUGUGCAGAACACAUACUAUUAUUACCUUUUAAUUUAUUUGAUUAUUUUUAUGUGGAUAAAAGAAAAAUAUUAUGCAUAUUUUAAAACAACAUCAUUAUAAAAAUUAAGGUAUUUCAGAGUCUCCUUUAUAUUAAGUCAACUUAAUGAAACAUUGACUAAUAAAAUGUUUUUAUUUUUACUGUAAGUGAAUAUUUUACUUUCAUAUUACAGUUGGUUUUGAUUUUGUUAGUAAUGUUUUUUAUUAGAUUAACCUACAUUAAAUAACCUUUUGGCUGAUUUCUAAAUAAAAUAUAUUGAUUAGGUAUGGUUUGGUCUUUAUGAUAAAUAAACAUUUUACUUUGUGUGAAGGUUUUUGUCUUUGGGAAAAUAUUCAUAUUAAACCAAAAUGUAAGGGUUGAACAAAGCAAAAACAAAUACAUUUGCCUGCUUACGUUUGUUGUUUUUGUUUUUUCAGCGUAGGUGCAAUUACACAAUUAAGAAAGUCACAUUUUAGAACAGAUAAUGUGCCUAUGAAACUGUUUUAGUUCAAAACUGUUAAAGAUUUGUGCUCUGUGUCAAGUUUCUGUAGCUGAACAAACCACUUUAACUUUGCUUUUGCUUCAUACUUCUUUCAUUGGUGUAUAUGUGAAUGUGUGUAUGUGAAUGCACUUGUCUGUCAGUCCAACAACUGUUCUCGUCUGAUUUCACUGUGUCUCAUGUGUGCUCCCUGAUGGAUGAAUGGAUGAAGUCAUUAUUUCCUAUCAUCACACACAAUCUGCCACUAAUGCUACCCAUCUUCAACACAAAGCAAAAAAGGACCCAAAUUUGUGCAAUGAAUGGAGGUGGUGUGUGAUGGUGAGGUGCAUGAGCGUGUGUGUGUGUGUGUGUCUUCAGCUCUCUGCCCAAAUCACUAGUGCUUAGAUGUCUCUCUGUCUCUUCCUUCUGCUUCCCUUGCAGCCACUGUGAGCCUUGCUCAGAGAGAAGAAAGCGCUUGUAUGUGCAGGACCCCCUCACCUGUAAAUGCUCCUGCAAAUUCACACAAUUGCAAUGCAAGUCCAGACGACUUGAGUUAAACGAAAGAACUUGCAG